UGUCAGGAGCUGCCAUUGGCUUUUUUAAGAGGGCAGGACUGUUUCUGCGGCCACGCCCCUUUUGUCUUUACACUGCAGAGGAGUGGACAGCAACACACAUGUGGGAGGGGCAACCAAACCAUCCACACCACCCCACAUGACCUCAACUACCUCCAGGUGUACAGUACGCCUGUUUUAGAUGCAAAAUGCAAAGAAAGAACCUUUCUGCCCCAGAGGUCCAGCACUCUUGUGGCCCUGUCCAGCUUUCCAGGGGCAGGAAACACCUGGCUGCGACACCUGAUCGAGUCGGCCACUGGAUUCUACACUGGCAGUUAUUACUUUGACGGAUCGCUUUAUAACAAAGGUUUUAAAGGUGAGAAAGAUCACUGGCAGAGUGGAAGAGUCCUUUGCGUCAAGACUCACGAGAGCGGCCAGCGGGAGAUUGAAAUGUUUGACUCUGCCAUCCUGCUGAUGCGAAACCCCUAUCGCUCGCUCAUGGCCGAGUUUAACCGCAAGUGUGCCGGACACCUGGGCUACGCUUCAGACGUUCACUGGAGGAGCAAAGAGUGGUUGGAGUUUGUGGACAGUUAUUCCUCCUGGUGGGUGUCUCACGCUCUGGCUUGGUUGAAGUUCGCCCGUCGCCUGCUGGUGGUCCACUUUGAGAAUCUUCAGAAAGAUCUUGUUCCACAGUUUAAGACCAUCACUGCUUUCCUGAACAUCAGCAUUCCCGAGGAAAGACUUCUCUGCACGGAAAGCAACAGAGAUGGACAUUUUAAACGCUCUGGAUCUCAUAUUCUGACCUUUGAACCCUUUACCUCUGAAAUGAGAGAACGUAUAGAUAAAUACAUCCAAACUGUUGAUAAAGCUCUCAGUGACAGAAACCUCAGUGGACUACCACAAGAGUACAUGCACAGAUGAGAUUACAUGAACACAGCUACUGCCCCCUACUGGAGUGGAUGAAGCGGACCCACAAAGUGCCUCAAAUGACGUUUCUAAAAACUUUAAAAACUCGUUUUUGGUUUGUCUUAUACUUUUGUUUAGUUGUCGAAUUUGACAUUUUACUGGACGACAGGAAUUUAUGUUUAGUUUGUAGAUUUUUUCAAUAAACUAAUUCAAUU